CAGAUAGGUAAUCUUCUCUCUUCUUUUCUUAUAGGUUUGGAAGAACAUCAUUCUAAGAUACAGAGAUCUGGACUUUUUAAGUGUACUGUCUAAAGAAAUAUAAGGAAUUGAAACUUAUAGCUUCCUUGCAGUUUAUUUUAUGGUAUUUGAACCUCUUGUUUUUUCUGUAGUUUUAGAUCAAGAAACACCAUGAGUACAACUCAAAGAAAGCGUCGUGGAGGAGCAGUUAAUUCUAGGCAAACUCAGAAGCGGAACAGGCUGAUAGCUUCUACCACAGAAAUGGCUUCAGAAGCAGAGCCGAUAGAACUUGAAGAAAGUGCUGGUGAAGAAGUAGUAGAUCUCACAUGUGAAUCUUCUGAUCCUGUAGUAGUUGAUCUAACUCACAGUGACUCUGUUGUGAUUGUAGAAGAGAAUCAACGACAGAGGAGAAAUCUCAGACUAAGGAGCCAGCGGCAGUCGGACAGCUGUGUAUUGAGCAGUGAUGAUGAAGAUGAGCCGAGAGAUAAUGAUGUGUAUGUAACAAACAAAGUGUCUCAAGACUUGGGACCACUGGAGGAUGAAACUGCAAGUUCAAAAUUGUGCAAAGUGGACGGCUUAUUGUGUCAACGAAAUGCGGCCAUGUCUUCUGCAGCCAGUGCCUCCGAGAUUCCCUUAGGAAUGCCAACUCCUGCCCCACCUGCAGGAAAAAACUCACUCACAGACAGUAUCAUCCAAUUUAUAUAUGAGUACUUAGAUUUCUCAGGACAGACUCAACUGGAAUUUUGGAAAAACGUGUCAUGUUUUCAGUGCUCUAAAGAUUUAAGGAGCAACAGGUUGUACACGCAGCCAAAUGUAAUAAAACAGAUUUUUUGAGAGUAACUUGUACAUAUAUAAACAGCUUUUUUAUGGUCCAAGCUGCUGCUUAUGUCACUGGUUAUGUUAAAUUUGACUGUCUAUAAACUAGACCAGCAGCCUAUAUCGGAAAUGAAGCAGCCAAUCCACUUCCUUCUACUUUUUUAAUGCUUGAAUAAGAGGAGUCUGAAUAUU